UUCCCUUCUUGUCCCGGGGGUGUAUAUCAGCUGACUUGGAAUGUUGAGACAUUGGAUUCGAAUUCAGAAUUAGAACGUGGUGCUGGCCGGCCCCGACAAUGUUACAUUUGGGCGGAGCUGGCUCUUGAAUGAGUGCAAGGAUUCCGACUGCUGCCUCUUUCCCUUGUUUCCAUCACCCUACAAUAAGCAAGACUUUUUCGCUUUUGUUUUUGCAAUCGCUUUCUUUCUCCCUUCGCCAUGCUGCUGAGGAGAGUUCUGCGCCCGUCCCGGACUCUGUUGUCCAGCCUGAGCUCUGCGAAUAGAACUAAAAGCUGCGGGUUCCUCCCUCCUGUUCCAUUGCUCGCUCGCCCGAGUACCGCCGAGCCGGCUCCUUAUCGGCAGGGAUAUGGCACUCAUUCGUCCAAGGAGCCGGUGGAGCCACUCUACACUGCGCAAGGAGCCCGCGACUUUGUGUAUAGCCUGCACUCCAAGGAAAGGAAAACUCUGCUUCAAGAGCUCCAGAGAUUCGAGUCUAUGGCUGCGGCACAAGCAACCCCUGGACACCGCUACCCCAGAGCCCAGAUUGCCAUAAGCAGGAAGUGGAGGGAGCAGGCUGCUGCAGGAGAAAUGCAAGUUAGCCCUCCAUCAUCAGCACAACAAAGAUAUGUGUUUCUUCACAGUGCAAUUCCUUUCAUUGGAUUUGGCUUCCUGGAUAAUGCUAUAAUGAUUGUUGCUGGGACACAGAUAGAGUUGUCCAUUGGAGUUAUUUUAGGAAUUUCUACUAUGGGAGCUGCAGCACUGGGUAAUCUUGUGUCUGAUGUAGCUGGCCUAGGACUUGCAGGGUAUGUCGAGGCUCUUGCAUCAAGGCUGGGACUACCAAGUCCUGAUCUAAACCCUAAACAGGCUGAUAUGUGGCAAACUCGACUGAGCUCGCAGCUGGGAAAAGUUAUAGGUGUGACCAUUGGUUGCAUCCUAGGAAUGUUUCCACUACUCUUCUUCAAAACCGAGGAAGAGGAAAAGCAGCAAGAAGCCAAGAACUGAACUAGUUUACUGACCAUUGAAUCCACUGCUUGCAUCCUGAAGUAAUGCUGGGAAAAGAAGGGCAGUCUUUCAUUGGACAGAAGGUCAAUCCAGACCAGGAACCUGGUGGAAUAUUAACAUUUCACUGCUACAAUCAUGAAAAAUAUCUAUUUAUUCUUUAUUCAAAAAGCAAGCACAGUCACUUAAAAGUACAGUCAUGUGGUCUUUUAAAAUCCAGUUUCACUGCAUGUCAGACUGCCAUAUUGUCCUCCUCCAUUACCUGUGAUACUUUGAAAAUAAUUUUGUCAAGUAGUUAAUGUUAAACAUUUUUAUCAAAGAAUGUAAGUAAUUGUAAAAAAAAAUCAAUCCUGGAAGUGUGGAAAUGUCACAACUGAUUUAUUCCUAUUUUAGAAGAUUAUUUACAUUUUGUAUGCUGCAAUAUUUAAGUCUUAUGAUUUGAUAAAAGACUAGUGUGCAUUUUUUUUUAUUGUGAAGGUUAAAGUUGUAUUUCUAUGUUCACACUAUGGUUAUUGCAAUUUUAUUUUGUGCAUUUGAACUUGAUAUUUUGAACUACAUUUGAGCUGCAGAUCACCACUAAGUAGUAAUAGUUGCAGGUGAUGCUUGCUUUGAGUGCAGUGCUGUUAGGUUUAAACACAAGAAAAUUGCUAAAAAGCACUUAGAAAUAUCACUCCAAUCUCAAUAGAAUCUACUUGGUGCUAAUUGUAAGACUUAAUUUGCCUUGUUUAUUCCAAUGCAAUGCUUAAAAGGACUGAAAAUAUUUUGUUAUAAUAAAAUAUCAUUUGUUUCAAUUUUUAAACUUUAACUUUUUUAGAUCUUCCAAGCUAGCAGUUCUGCUGUGUGCAAAAGUGAUAACUAUUUAACUGAAGUUGAUGUUUUGAGGGGCAGUUCAGCAAUAAAAUCAUGUGUGGGCAUUUUUUGGGAGGGGGGGCAAGAAAUGUGUGUGAUGUGUUUUAGUUUUUUUUCAUAUUGAACCUUUCGAUUUAGUUUUCUGUGGCUGUGAGAGAGGGUAAGGUGAGCCUACCCCCCACCCCAACCCCCCCCCCCCCCCGAGUCUUAUGAUUUUUCCCUCUGAAGCUUCAGUAAGUAAAGAUGCCUUGAUUCAAGCUGCACACUGAGCUGUCUUGCUGAAAAGUAGAUGAUGUGGACUAGACUGGAAUGCAUGCAUUGAUUUGUAUUGUAUGUGACACCUAAAAUAAUAACAAAAGCAAAAUACCAACAACGUUGAGAAAAUUGUUGGAACACUCUCAGCAGGCCAAAGAACAGUGGAGAGCAAAACUGGGUUAUUGUUUUGGGUCAGUGACCUUGCAUCAGAACAAAAUGAUAAAAUGGAUGAAAUGUAGAUCCAAAUUAUUAAAAUCAGGAUGAUUAAUUCAUUGUUUUAAUAAUUGAAUCUGUAUUGCACCUUCUGUAGUCCUUAGCUGCUACUGAAUAUCAAAAAUGCUGUUUCCUAAACUCUAACUCAAUUUACAGGAGAAUUUUUUUUCAUGCAAGAUACCAAAAUUGAUAGCAAAGCUAAUGAACUUGAACAAUGGGAUUUUUAGUCCUAUUGCAUAAAAUUACCAAGGGUGAUUUGUCCGGUACUUGAUCUUGCAUUCAUCAUCUCCAGAUGUUGGGUAAAAUCUUGCACUAUACAGCAGUUUAAAAUUUAGUUCUGAAAGGCUCUCUAAAGAUGAAAUGGGUUGAUGUUCUGGGAUGUUGCUGAUGGCUAGCUGUACAACUUACUCCAGAGCUUGAAACGUGUCAAGACUAAAUCUGCAAGAAAUUGGAAACACAAAAUUGGACUAAUUAGUUCAAGAACUCCAAAGAUGAUCUGCAGAAAUGAAGCUUUGAUUGGUUUGUAGAGAAAGUACCAGGAUUUGUAGCUUGUAACAUGUGCAUUGGAUUUCUGAGAAUUCCGCAUUUUUAUUUUCACUUUUUUUUGAUUCAUUAUUGCAAAGGUUUAAACCAAGAAGUAAUAAAUGUACGUGAAUGAAGGUAAUUUAGAAUAUUCAUAUUUAGUAGAUAUUGAAGACAAGUUUGCCUACAUAUGGAAGGCAUUAGUAAUGUGUCGACAGUGUGGACACUAGUGGCUGCUUUGUAGUUCAUAGGCAAAUAAAAUGUAGAUAUUAAAAGAAUAUUACAUACUAAAAUAUUUAAUUACUCAGAACUUUGUUAUUUACUGCAGAUGUUGUUCGCCACCAUCACAACUUUUAGAAGUGCAAGACUCCAAAUUAAUGUAUAACUACCAAAUAGUGAAAAUAAUGCAGAGGAACCAUUAAGAAUGAAAUGUUUGAACUAAAGUCCAACUGAUGGUGCAAAUUAAAUUAAAUCUUGAGGUCUUCUGAGAUUUUGUUUUGUUUGUUGGAAGGUAGGUUAGCAUUUUGUUAAUUACAGAAUUAUGGUUGGAAAGUAUUAAAUGUAGAAGAAUGAAGAAUCAAUUGUUGCUGCUUUCUGAUUGCCCUUUUUUAAAAAAAAAUUGAAUUUACAGUCCAAGCUGUGUUUUUUCUUUUUGUUUAUCUUGACAUUAACACAAAGGAAUGGAAGAGCAUGGUCUGUUUUUUAUAAUUCAUGAUUAAACUUGUUGCACCUGAUGUUGCAGAUCUCACAAUUUAAAGGGUAACUGGGUUGAAAGCCAAGAUCGUGAACAAUAGAGUUUUUCUUUUGUUGAUGGGGACCGGGAAGGAGAAAAAUAAAGAUGGAAAUAAAAAUAUGAUCAGAGCACUUGUAGGAGGGAAAAAAAAGUCAUGUUUUGAGCAGAUUAGGAAAACUCAAAUGUUGAUUGAGGUUAUCAGUGAAAAAAAACACUUUAGAGCUUCUAGAUUGAGAUAUACAGGCUUUUAGUUACCACCUUCAAUGUUGUAGUGAUCUACUUGACCUUGUUUAUAAUGCAGCUACUUUGCAUUUUUUUUGCACGAGCGUAUUUAUUUUUUGUGAACAAUAACAUAGUGCAUUGACUUAUAGUUUGCAGCUUAAUGUUUGUAUGACAAAUUUGUAGUCUAUUAAAAUAUUACUUGUAUAUAAUUUGUGAUGUUUGAAUAAAUGUGAGGAAACUCAUUUUCAUUUGA